UGACCACGGCGGGCUGUGUGUAGCGCUCCUGGCAUUGUGGGUGUCAGUCUAGAGUGACGCCAUAUUUGCCGGUGCCGCCGCUGUAAACAACAAAAAGUGUCUGAGGGAGACAGACAAGAGACGCUUCAGUGGAUUUCAGGACAUUUUAUUUGUUGUUGUGGGUGAAUUGCUCUCCUCUCGGCAGUCAUGUCUCUUGGAAUGGCUUACAAGCCCAACCUGAACGCUCAGCAGACGCUGGCCGGCAACCACGGCACCUCGGGUGGGCAGAGCAACUCUCAUAUGCUGUCCUGGAAGAUUCAUGGAAACUCGUAUACCAGGCAGGCGGAGUCAUCUCAAGUAAACCAUCCCGGAGGAUUCCUGGAAAAGAAGUUUCCAGAAGUUUCAGCUGUAAGUGCACAUUCUCCCUCUACUAGCAUAGCAUCCUCUGCACAAUACAGACAGAUGGUGAAUGACUAUGGACCCCCAUCCUUAGGAUAUACUCAGACUACAACCAGCAAUCAGGUGCCCCAAAGCAAGUAUGCAGAGCUUCUUGUCAUCAUAGAGGAGCUUGGUAAAGAAAUUCGACCAACCUAUGCAGGCAGUAAAAGCGCAAUGGAGAGACUAAAAAGAGGAAUUAUCCAUGCAAGGGGCUUGGUACGAGAAUGCUUGGCUGAGACAGAACGAAAUGCAAGAUCCUAGCUGUGCCCAAUACCACACGUCUAAAGCAUACAAAGAUAUUUCUUUCUGGAUUUUUAAACCUUCAGGGCAGUCUUUCUGAUUAUUUAGCUAGAGGGAGCUGUAUCAUUCUUCAGGAGCCCUCUAAUGUACUGUAAAGCUGCUAAUCCUACGAUGCAAUUUUUACUAGUAAACAGAAUUUCCAUAUAUAUUUAAAAGUAUUGCUGACUCUUUCAGAUUGUUUUUCUAAGAGUCCAAGGAAAUUCAUGAUGUUUUGCAUCAUAAGCUGCAAUAUAUUUUCCUUCUCUUCCUGGUAUGUUUAUAUCCAGGUUACAUCAGUGUUUACGUGUUAAAAUUAGAUGCUUCAUAUUUUGUGUUGCUUUUUCAAGAACAAGGGAUUUUUUUUAUUUUUAUUUUUGCAAUUAUACUUCUUUUGGUUAAAGGACCAAUAAACCAAUAAAGUUGCCAGAAUAAAAAUGAUCUCGUAUGACAAGUUCAUAUUUAUGGGGUGAGGUAAAUGGCCAAUAGAUUUUGGGGAAACUUUGAUGAAACCGGUUUGAAUGUGUUUUAAAUUACUUUUGUUUUCCUAAAGAGUCUGCCUGCACCACUCUCCUUAUCCACCUACCCUCUCUAUUGAGCACUGGGCACAUUUAUCUAUAUGGAGCACUCCUAACAGCAGACCUUCCAGAGAGCAGUUGUAUCAUGCCUGCCUAUGGAUAUAUAAAAUACACAAAGUGUAUGUAUAGCCAAACAUUUUUUUUACAUUUUAGAUUAGGGAGGGUUUAAAAAACCCGUUUAAUUUAUUUGUUUUGUAUUCUGUGUCUUGUUGGGGACAUUUCCCUUCACUUCCUGUAAUGGAGACAAAAUAGGAAGUAAUGGAAAUCUAGACAUUUGUCCCUAGAACAGGCGUCCCAAUUUAGAGAUUUACCUUUUUCCUUCUGUUCUGUGGACAACUGUAACCUUUUGGGUUUCUGGACAGUUUCUGUUUCAGUGACAAUAGCCAACCGGACAUAGAGAGGUGGAAUCUCCCUAGUGGGAAAAAUAAACCAAUACAAAUUUAAGACAGAUUCUAACCCACUCUAUUCAAAACGUAAAAAAAAUUUUGGCUAUACUUUCACUUUUUUAAGGCUACCAAACAGUGAACAUUCAGUGCUGAGUGAAAGCUGACUCGACACAAUGGUUGGUUAAUUACAGGCCCUUUCACACUGAUCUUUUUUUCCAUUUAAAAGAGCAGAAGAAAAAUGUAUCAAAAAUGCAACUCUUUUAAAUCAUAUGGAACUGUUCCGUUACAUUUUUGGCUGCUUUCACACUGCUCUGUUGCAAAAACACAGAUUCUCCUGUGUGUGUGUGUUGUUUUUUUUUUUUACUGAAAAACUGAUCAGAUAGAUCAGUGUGAAAGGGCCCUAACAUGAAUCAAACAUGCACAAACAUUCCAGCAAGCAGGACUUUUAAAAAUGCAACUGACUGGUGUGAGAAGGUUCCAUAGGAUUUAAAAGGAUGCAUUUUUUAUGCAUUUUUCUUUCACUUUUUUUAACUAAAAAAAAUGAUCAGUUUGAAAGGUCCCUAUCUCUGGGAUUCUGUUGGUGUAAUAGAUUGUCAUGAGCUCCUGUUGCCUAAUGCAGCCAUUGCUAUGAUGGACUGUGCUGCACAGAACAGCCAAAAUCAUUGGGGUCUUGUUUGAUAGUGUUUUUAUAUGCUUAACUGCCAAAUAUUAUGUACAGGAAUCAGCCAUCCCGUUAUGGUCUGCUAUCCAUAUAGUAAAUUCUAAGGGCCCUUUUCACACUAAUCAGUUUUUCAGUUUAAAAAAAGCAUAAGAAAAAUGCAUUCUUGUUAAACCCUAUGGAACUCGUCACACCAGUCAGAUGCACUUUUAAAAGUCCUGCUUGCUGCAUUUUUAGUGUGCUUUUCAAAACCGUUCCUCAUUAAAAUGAAUAGAAAAUGUAUCAAAAACAAGUCAAAAAAACUCAGAUGUGUUUUUUUUUUUGGAUCGCAUGUCAACGUUUUACAGGUGCAUGCUGGGAGUCGGGCAACCAGAAAACGUGCCAGAAACAAAUCAAAAAACGCAUAUGCAUUUUUGACUUUUUUUUCUUUUUUUACGGAGCGGUGUGUCGGCAGUCUAACUGCACUUAGGAAUAAGAAUUCUUGAUUGAAUAAAUGUAAAAAAUAUCUCCAGACAGUAGCACUUCAGAAUACGUAAUUGUGAAAGUAACCUGUGUUGUAGGUUUAGUGGUCCUUUUAUCUGUUAUGGUAAUUACUGUCAAAUCAUUCCUUGCUUGCCCUUAACAUUAUAAAGUUGUUUUCUUAUUGUUUAAAAAAAGCUGUGGGAUCAAGCCCUGAUCAGUUUGGUGUUUAGGAUGUUGGGAUUUCUACAACAGAAGAUGUCACUUGUUACAUUCAGCAAACCAAUAGGUGGAAAGGGGCUGCACCACUGACCUAUGCAUCUGCAUGUCUGUAAAUGCUUUGCUAGCCAUUCAACAUGCAUGGGGGUGAUGACCUUUCUGCUGGCAGAUAUAUAUAACUGCCUCUUGGUUGUUACUCUAUAUUCAGAAUAGGCUGUUACUUGUUGGAGAAAAGCAACGAGUCUAACUAUUUGCAUCUUUGUAUGUAUUUAUUACUUGAUGUAAUAAAGCUUAUUUUCACUAAGGA